GUCAGAUCAUUGUUGACAACUGUGGCUUGUCCGCAAACUUCUCCAGUUUUUAGAACAAUGAAACUGGUAACAUGUGUUUGGGUGGGCUUUUUAGUAAUUUCUAUUGGUUGUCCUUGGUGCUAGCUAACUAAUGAGCCAGGUUAGUUAGCCGGUAAGUUACUAGAUUGGAUCCGUAACGUUUCAGGGCAUCUGUAGCUUAACGUUAGCUAGCUAGCAGAGCUUAGCUAAAGACAGCAGCAGCAGCAGCAUGGGCGACAGCAGUAUUACUCCCAGGAUCGGCAACAUGAAGGCUUUGCUCGGAAUAGUCGCCGGAGCUGGAGCUUCUUAUGGGAUUUACAAACUCAUCAGCUUCAAGAGAAACAAGAAAAGUUCCAGCAGCGAAAGUGUGAGUGUGAAGAGCGCUCAGCAGAGUGAAGUGAAGCUACAGCCGGGGAGCCUGUUGGCCAGAGUGUCUGGACUGGAUGUGGUCUGUCCCCGACCGGUGGAUGCUGCAUCAGGUGACAUCAUCCACCAGUCCCCCAACAACCUGGAGCCACAGCACCUGAAAAUGCUGCUGUCGUGUCUGCAGACCAGCGAUAAUCCAUCUGACAGAUGUCGGAUUCUUGUUACAUUAGGAAAUGCUGCUGCCUUCACUGUGAAUCAGAAUCUAAUACGGGAAUUUGAAGGGAUUCAUAUCAUAGCUGGUCUCCUUUCUGAUCCUGCACCAGAGCUCAGAGUGCAGGCUCUGAAUGCUUUAAAUAAUCUGUGUAUGAAUAUCCAAAACCAGGAACACAUAAAGAUUUAUGUACCAAAGGUGCUGGAACUGAUUGAGAUGUCACCAGUGAAUUCAGACCUUCAGCUUGGUGCUCUGAGGCUGCUGACCAACCUUUCAGUAACAGACAAACAUCAACACUUGCUGAAGGAGUCAGUUACACUUUUACUGUCUCUUCUGGUUGUGAGCAAUGAAACACUACAGGUUCAGACGCUAAAAAUCCUUGUGAAUUUGUCAUCUAAUCCAGAUAUGAUGGAUGACAUUGUUCAAGCUCAGGCACCAGCAUCUGUGGUGCUGCUGUUUGACGAACGAACAGCUUCUGCGGUGCUUCUGCGACUGCUGACCUUUGCAGGGAACUUGAAGGCCUGGAGGCCCUCCGCCCAGGUGGCCGACGAACUGAGGAGGAAGCAGGAUUGUCUCUUCCGGGUCAUGUUGGAUGAAUCUUCCCAGCUCCACAGCAGACUCGUCCAGCUGCUUUCACACCCCGAUGGGGAGAUUCAGGCUCAGGUGGCUCGUAUCUUGACGUAGACCUCCCUCCUCGCACGCUGCAUCCAGAUUUUGCUUCCUCACAAUUUGCCAAAGUCACCGACCCAUCACCUUUUGAGUUUUAAAUUACACGACUGCUGACAUUAGCUUGCUCAGCUUCCACCCACACCUUCUAUACGCACAGUGUUCCCUAGAUCGAUAUUAUCACCACGCAUAACUAAAUGAUCUAUUCCAAUUCACCAGCCACUCCUCCCUGAUUUCUAGCCUCUUGCACUGCAAAUAAAUAAUGAGCGAUGAGUGAGCAGGAAGCAGGAAGAAUCCAUUCAUUCAGUAGAGUAUAAAAACACACCACCUCUUCCUGUUUUUUCCUGCUGCCAUAAGCUAUCAUUGCCAGAGACUAUUUUCCUUCAAAGAUCCACAGUGCCCUUUCUUCUGAGAACUUCACCUAAAUAAAAAAUCUCUGAAGACAAGUUCCAGGUGAUAUUUCUGAAUCCAACCCCACUGCCAAAAGUUUUCUAGAAAAUGUUUCAGUAUGACCCGUACAGCAUGAUCCGACGUGCUUAACCCUCUGCCGUUCAGAGAGGCACUUAGGAGAGGUGAAGAGGUUUCUUGCUGCACACCUUAGCAUGCCUUGGAGACACCAAUGGAUUUGAUGUACGGCAGCUCCAGUCCUUGCUAAUGUAUCAGCAUGUUGGAUUUUCUAAAAGCGGACUUGGCCUAAAGCAAAAUCUUUUCUCAGUGUUUAUACUUUGAGAUGGCAUGCAUCCUGAUUUUUUUGGACAGUGAGUUUAACCUACAGGCUGGUUGAGGUGCAGUGCGUCAGGAAGAUUUUUUUUGAAGUCAAGACACUGCCCCACCAGCAUUAAGAGGACAUAGUUUGAUAAGGAUGCCACCUGGACACAUUUUGAAGGUACCCCAACUACGGCUGCCUGGAAGGGUUGAUCCAGGAUGCGCUCGUGUCGUUGAAUGUUUGAGCAGGUCUAAAAACGCCUGCGAAUCCCCCAGGGAGGAGCUGGAGGAAGCUACAAGGGAAAAGGAUGUCUGGACUGCCGUGAUUGUUAUAAAUAUCAGGCGAAUUUGCAGCUUGAAAAUAGAUGUAGGCCUGUCGAAGCAGCAUUAUGAUGAUAGCCAUGAUUACUGUAUUUGAAAAUGUUCAUUCAGAAAGCGGUUACUGAAUUGCAGCAGUGUUUGAAUGUGAAAUACGAGCCCUUUGCCAUGUUAAGCUAUGCACUACAAAGACUGACUGCAAGUGACAGAUCCACCUGCUGUCUAGCUGUAGGACUGGAGCUGAAGAACCAUCUGCUGACUUGUUAGGGGGAAAAAAAGAGGUGCAUGAAAAAUGUGACUAUUGUCGCAGAAUUGAUGUUUAAUGCAAGAUUUUUAUGGCAUGGGCGAGUCCAGGUGUAUAGAAAUGCUGCACAUUUUUUUAUGUUUGGACUUUGUUGAACCCAAAUCUAAAUAUCUCUCAGGCGAUAUGGUUUACCAGAACAUUUACAGCAGGAGAGCUGAUGUACUUGUGACCUAGAUGAUCAUAUUUAUUUAAUGACGUUGGUAAGCAAUUUGCCUAUAAAAUGGAAAAUAUGUUUGUUUGAAUGGUCAAUAAAUACCCAACAUGACGUAUUGAUA